AUGACAUUGACACAGGCCGAAGCAAAGACAAAGCUGCCAGCCAGCUUCCCUAUUAUAUGGAAAGGGGACACUGGCUACGAGAAGGCUCGGAUUGGCCGCGUGUUCAAUUACCGUCGCCCAGACCGAUUCCCAGUCGCGGUGGUAGAGGCCACGGCCGAGAGCCAUAUUGUCGAAACGGUGCGUCUGGCUGCCAAGAUGGGCUAUCGUGUUUCUGCUCGUUCUGGAGGCCACAGCUGGGCCGUCUGGAGCGUGCGUGACGAAGCCAUUCUGAUAGAUCUGGGCCGCUACCACGAGUUCUCCUUUGACACGAACACGGGCAUCGCCACGGCCUCUCCCAGCACGACUGGUCGCCUGAUCAACAAGCUGCUGGAGCCAUACGGGCGCAUCUUCCCCGGUGGACACUGCCCCGAGGUGGCCCUGGGCGGCUUUCUCUUGCAGGGAGGCAUGGGAUGGAACUGCAAGAACUGGGGCUGGGCCUGCGAACGAGUCUUGGCUGUGGACAUCAUCACUGCUGACGGCGAGCGGCUACACUGCAACAGGAGCCAGAACAUUGACCUCUACUGGGCAGCACGUGGUGCCGGGCCAGGAUUCCCCGCCAUCGUGACGCGGUUCCAUCUGCAGACGCUCCCCGCAUUCACCCAUAUGCGCUCUUCUGCAUACAUUUACAAGAAGGAGGACUACCGUAGGGUCUUUUCGUGGAUUCUCAGCCUUGCGCCGACGUACGACGUGGACACGGAGAUUGUCAUGGUCGGGAAAUACACUCCGGGACAAACAGAGGUGAAUAUGAUGGUGCUGCUUUUGGCGUUCAAGAACAGCGAGGCGGAAGCAAGAGCGGCGCUGCAGACGGCCGAGGUUUCGGCGCCAGCCGGGCCUACAGACCGGUGGUUCUGCAAGGCGACGUCGCUGGCGCAGGAGUACGACGACCAGCAGGCGGCCAAUCCAAUGGGACACCGAUACUGUGUGGACAACUGCUACGUAGCUGACGGGGCGGACGUGGUAUCGGUGCUGGAAGACGCCUUCACGAAGCUGCCAUCACGCCGCUCCUUUUCACUGUGGUAUUCGAUGGCGCCGGGCUCGCAACGGGACGCCGGCUCGAUGGACGACAUGGCCCUGUCCAUGCAGACGGACCACUACUUUGCCACGUACACGAUCUGGGAGGACGCGGCCGACGACGAGCUGAACUGCCGCUGGGUCAACGACACGCUGCAGGCCAUCGGGCGUCAUGCUGUCGGCAGCUACCUGGGCGAUGCCGACUUCCAGGUGCGCCAGACACAGUUCUGGGAGGCCCAAAAGGGCCAUCGGCUGAUGCAGAUUCGCCGCGACCGUGACCGGUUCGGCCGCAGCGGCACCAAGGGGCUGGCCAACGUGCACGAGUGGAAGCCGUAG